AUGUCAAGACCAGUGAGGAAUCGAAAGGUGGUGAACUACUCUCAAUUCAACGAGUCUGACGGUGAAGCAGACAUCAGAGAGUCACAGCAGACGUCAGUCACAACAGACGUCACAGUCACAACAGACGUCACAGUCACAACAGACGUCACAGUCACAACAGACGUCAGUCACAACAGACGUCACAGUCACAACAGACGUCAGUCACAACAGACGUCAGUCACAACAGACGUCACAGUCACAACAGACGUCACAGUCACAACAGACGUCACAGUCACAACAGACGUCACAGUCACAACAGACGUCACAGUCACAACAGACGUCAGUCACAACAGACGUCACAGUCACAACAGACGUCACAGUCACAACAGACGUCGCAGUCACAACAGACGUCACAGUCACAACAGACGUCACAGUCACAACAGACGUCAGUCACAACAGACGUCACAGUCACAACAGACGUCACAGUCACAACAGACGUCAGUCACAACAGACGUCAGUCACAACAGACGUCACAGUCACAACAGACGUCACAGUCACAACAGACGUCACAGUCACAACAGACGUCACAGUCACAACAGACGUCACAGUCACAACAGACGUCACAGUCACAACAGACGUCACAGUCACAACAGACGUCACAGUCACAACAGACGUCAGUCACAACAGACGUCACAGUCACAACAGACGUCACAGUCACAACAGACGUCACAGUCACAACAGACGUCAGUCACAACAGACGUCAGUCACAACAGACGUCAGUCACAACAGACGUCAGUCACAACAGACGUCAGUCACAACAGACGUCAGUCACAACAGACGUCAGUCACAACAGACGUCACAGUCACAACAGACGUCACAGUCACAACAGACGUCAGUCACAACAGACGUCAGUCACAGCAGACGUCAGUCACAGCAGACGUCAGUCACAGCAGACGUCGCAGUCACAACAGACGUCGCAGUCACAACAGACGUCGCAGUCACAACAGACGUCGCAGUCACAACAGACGUCGCAGUCACAACAGACGUCGCAGUCACAACAGACGUCGCAGUCACAACAGACGUCGCAGUCACAACAGACGUCGCAGUCACAACAGACGUCGCAGUCACAACAGACGUCAGUCACAACAGACGUCGCAGUCACAACAGACGUCGCAGUCACAACAGACGUCGCAGUCACAACAGACGUCGCAGUCACAACAGACGUCGCAGUCACAACAGCCGCGUCAACAGACAGUCACAACAGACGUCGCAGUCACAACAGACGUCGCAGUCACAACAGACGUCGCAGUCACAACAGACGUCGCAGUCACAACAGACGUCGCAGUCACAACAGACGUCGCAGUCACAACAGACGUCGCAGUCACAACAGACGUCGCAGUCACAACAGACGUCGCAGUCACAACAGACGUCGCAGUCACAACAGACGUCGCAGUCACAACAGACGUCGCAGUCACAACAGACGUCGCAGUCACAACAGACGUCGCAGUCACAACAGACGUCGCAGUCACAACAGACGUCGCAGUCACAACAGACGUCGCAGUCACAACAGACGUCGCAGUCACAACAGACGUCGCAGUCACAACAGACGUCGCAGUCACAACAGACGUCGCAGUCACAACAGACGUCGCAGUCACAACAGACGUCGCAGUCACAACAGACGUCGCAGUCACAACAGACGUCGCAGUCACAACAGACGUCGCAGUCACAACAGACGUCGCAGUCACAACAGACGUCGCAGUCACAACAGACGUCGCAGUCGCAACAGACGUCGCAGUCGCAACAGACGUCGCAGUCGCAACAGACGUCGCAGUCGCAACAGACGUCGCAGUCGCAACAGACGUCGCAACAGACGUCGCAACAGACGUCGCAACAGACGUCGCAACAGACGUCGCAACAGACGUCGCAACAGACGUCGCAACAGACGUCGCAACAGACGUCGCAACAGACGUCGCAGUCACAGCAGACGUCGCAGUCACAGCAGACGUCGCAGUCACAGCAGACGUCGCAGUCACAGCAGACGUCGCAGUCACAGCAGACGUCACAGUCACAACAGACGUCAGUCACAACAGACGUCAGUCACAACAGACGUCAGUCACAACAGACGUCGUAGUCACAACAGACGUCGUAGUCACAACAGACGUCGUAGUCACAACAGACGUCGUAGUCACAACAGACGUCGUAGUCACAACAGACGUCGUAGUCACAACAGACGUCGUAGUCACAACAGACGUCGUAGUCACAACAGACGUCGUAGUCACAGCAGACGUCAGUCACAACAGACAUGAAUACGGAGGCGACAAGCCUAAGAAGGUUCGCUCAGCGCCACGAGAACCAAAGCACAAACGCACAAAGAACUCAAAGGAGGAAAGUGAGGAUUCUGAUGAGAAGGUUUCCAAAGAGAAGAACGACUCCGCCGAGGACUUUGGAAGUGAGGAGGAAGACAAUGAAUUUGGAGAAGAGGAGGAGGAGGAAGACGGAGGAAGUGAUUAUGAAGAAAAAAAAGGGAAAAAGGGGAAGAAAGUAAAACCAGAGAAAGUCGCCAAGAAGACCCCGAAGAGGAAACGAGACGCUGGAGACGACAGUGACGAUGACCGUGAUGUGAGCAGAAAGCGCACGGUGCGUCAGGCCGCCUCCAAAGCCGUGUCCAAACAGAGAGAGAUCCUCCUCGGAGACGGAGGCAGCGAGGACGAGGAGCGCGAGGAGCAGGAGGAGUCAUAUCUGGACCCGGACGAGUCUGGCAGUGACGAAGACUUCAUGGUGGAGGAUGAUGAUGACAGCGACUAUGGCCACUCAAAAAAGAAAGGCAAGAAGGUCAUUCGUCAGGGCCGGACGAACAGGAAGGAAAAGAAGUCCCCUAAACCCAGACUAAAGGCAACAGUGACCCCGAGUCCAGCUAAAGGCAAAGGGAAGGGUCGCCCCAGCACCAAGGCCAAGGAGGAGCGCUCACCCAAAGAGGAGGAAGAGGAGGAGCCAGAAAGCCCAGUGGAAGAGGAGGAGGAGGAAGAAGCAGAGAAGAAGGAAAGCUCUCCUGCUCCCAAGAAGACAAAGGAGACGAAGGAGCCCGCCGCAGGGAAGGAUGAAGAGGAGGAGGAGGAGGAAGCAGAGGGAGAGGAGGAGGAGGAUGGCUCAGAGGAGGAAGCACCCUCUGGAGAAGACUAG